AAAAUCCAACCCUGGUUCGGAUGGCUUCCAAUUUGUUUGUUUAUUUAAAUUAAUAAUAUCACAAGCUUCUACUGAGUGUCAAGUCAACAUGAGCUCCUCCAACAAAAGCGAGUACAAGACCCCGCGGAAACGAAACUUGAAAUCCAUCGAGAACCUCACCAAUUCGGAUGAAUCGGCGGCGGACUUGGAUACGGCCCGAAUCGGUGAAAUGGAUGAAAACAAUGCUAAACCUAGGGCUCGUCGGUCCACACGACGUCCUAGUCCUACCAAAAAGUAUCAGGCCUACCAAAUGGAAAAUCAGGAAACACCCCAGGAGGAGCAUAUUGUUGUGAAUUAUGUGGAGGUCACGGACGACGAGCCUGACAAUGUUGACGAAGAGGAAGAGCAGGAGGAUUCGCUGGUGGAUGCGGAGAAUGCCGCCAGACCUUCAAGCAAAGAUAUUAAUCUCAUCCAAUCUGAGUAUAAUGUGGCGGGAACCAGUAUGUUUGGCUUCAACACGCCCAAAAAACGGGAUGGCAUGGCUCUGGCAGCUCUAAAUGCCACUCCACGGACUCCAAAGACGCCCAAGACGCCUCGGUUGGGUGUGAAAACGCCCGAGUCGAAGCGCACCAAGUCUCUGGAUUUGCCAAAAACCCCGGCCCAUGUGCGCACCCGUAUUAGGAAACAGAUGUCCAAGGUGGUUGAGUCAGACGAGGACUUCUCCGCAGACGAGAGCGACUUCCAGCCAAGUGAUGAGGAUUCCCCAAGCAGUAGCAGUAGUGAUGGUGGGGAGGACGAGACCUCCGACAACGAUGCUGCCGAUGAUGAACCCAAAACCCCUUGCAAAGCCCGACGUGCCAUUGUGGUGCCUGUUUUGCCAAAAACCCCUUCUGCUGCUCGUCUCCGCCAAUCAGCGCGGACCAAGAAGUCCAAUGAAUAUGUCCCAGAAAGCGACGGCUACUUCCAUUCCCACGCCAGCAGCAAAAUCCUCACCUCAGAUCACACUCUAGAUCGUCUCAAAAAUCCUCGCUUGGCUGCCGAUCGCCUGUUUAGCUUGCUGGCAGAAAUGAAACUGUCCUCCGAGCACGAGACCUCCAUAAAUGCCAUAAUGGAGGAGUAUCGCUCCUACUUUCCCAAGUGGAUGUGCAUCCUGAAUGAGGGAUUCAAUAUAUUGCUUUAUGGACUGGGUUCCAAGCGUCAGCUACUACAGUCUUUCCACCAGGAAGUCCUAUCUCAACAGACGGUUCUGGUAGUCAAUGGGUUCUUUCCCAGUCUCACACUGAAGGAUGUGCUGGAUAGCAUUAUAGGGGAGAUACUGGACGCAGGCGUUAGUCCUGCUAAUCCGCACGAAGCUGUGGACAUGAUUGAGGAGGAGUUUGCACUCAUACCAGAGACUCAUUUGUUUCUAAUAGUCCACAACCUAGAUGGGUCUAUGCUGAGGAAUGUGAAAGCUCAGGCUAUAUUGUCCAGGCUGGCAAGGGUUCCGAAUAUCCAUCUGUUGGCUUCCAUUGAUCAUAUCAAUACCCCAUUACUUUGGGACCAAGGAAAGCUAAGCAGCUUCAACUUCUCCUGGUGGGAUUGCACCACCAUGCUGCCGUACACGGAUGAAACCGCUUUCGAAAACUCGCUGCUGGUCCAGAAUUCUGGUGAACUGGCUCUGUCUUCUAUGCGCAGCGUCUUCUCCUCCCUGACCACCAAUUCCCGAGGCAUCUACAUGCUGAUUGUAAAAUAUCAGCUGAAGAACAAGGGCAACGCCACAUACCAGGGCAUGCCGUUCAAGGACCUCUAUUCCAGCUGUCGCGAAGCCUUCUUGGUGAGCUCGGAUCUGGCCCUGCGCGCCCAGCUCACCGAGUUCCUGGAUCACAAACUGGUCAAAUCCAAGCGCAGUGUGGAUGGCUCUGAGCAGCUUACAAUUCCGAUCGAUAACGGACUGCUGCAGCAGUUCCUCGACGAGCAGGAUAAGAAAUAAGAUAGGCCGACUGGGCAGGUGUUUUUUUUAGAACAUAUUCAUUUAUUAUCUAAUAUUGUUAAAUACAAUUACAAUUUCGCUUUUUAAAAA